AUGGUAGUGGCGAUGAUGGUUUGUUGGGGAGGAGGUAGGGGUGGUAGUGGUGGUGGCAGUGGGAGUGAGGUGGUGGAGAAGGUGAGGGUGGUGGUGAAGGUGGUGGUGGUGUCGGUGCCGAUGGCAGUGAUGGUGCUAAUAUUGGCAGUGGCUGUGGUGGUGGUGACGGUGAGGUUUAUGGUAGGGGUGGUAGUGGUAGUGGAGAUGGGCGUAAGGGUGGUGGCGGUGAUGGUUGUGACGGUGAGCAUGAUGGUGGUGGUGGUGUUGGGGGGGUGGUUGCGAUGGCUUUGGUGGUGGUGGUGGUGGUGGUGGCGGCGAUGA